GUGCUGGUAAACAUCUAUUAGUAGCGCUACUAAACUAUCGACCAGCUAGCCUGCCCUCAUCGCCAUGAAGUACUCAUACGUAGUCUUUAUUUCAACCUUCAUACUUGCCGCAUUUUCGUACGUAAGAGCUAGCAAUAAUGCCGUAGCCUACGUCGCCGCGCCGCUACUCCGCACGUAUCCAUACGUUUACAGCGCACACAGUUCGUCCCUCGUCACACCCACUCAGCAGCAAUAUCACACCCAGGAUGGCUUGGGACAGUACGCGUACGGCUAUGCAGAGCCUCAUUCUACAAAGCAGGAGGUGCGCUCACUGGACGGCAUCACACGUGGCUCAUACAGCUAUCGCGACGCUACGGGAAAAUUACAAACCGUAGACUAUACUGCAGACGACAAUGGUUUUCGUGUUGCCGCUACAAAUCUGCCUAUCGCCGUCGGCGAUGACCAAUCACUUCAGCAGCCCUUUCGUGGGAGGGCCACGUCAGGCGGAGUUGCCUUUACCGCCGGCGUUGGAGCAACCAGUGACGUUCACCUUGCAGGUCAUAAGGAGGCUUUAUUGCGCCUGGCAACGGGGGGCAUCAUUAGCGGCGAAUCCCUUUCAACCGGGUCAGAUACUCGGUCUGUACAAUUGUCUCAGCCCGUGGAUGAUACAGUUACCGUGGCCGCUGCAAAGACGCCUCAACUAAGCUCACAUAAUCCUGAAAAACAACUGCAGGAAAUUAUUCAACAAGGACGUGUUCUUACACCGACAAUUGUUCCUGGCCCAGCUACUAUUCGAACAUCUGUCAUUCCAAGUGUUUACAAUUAUGGUUACCCGUGGAGAUACUUUUACUAUUAGAAAUAUUUUUUAUUGAAAUUUCUAAUGUACCAAGA